CACAGAUAACAAAACGUCAAACAAUACAUUGGUGGUGUCGAAUUUUCUAGUGGAAAUUACAAAAAUGCGAUCUAUUCCAAUGUUUUUAUAGGUUUUAUUGUUGCCCUUGCGUUUACGCCUUAGCCGGCUAAAGCUAAGAAGUAUUUAUUAUGAGUGUUCAAAUGAACGAAGAAAUUGCGGACAUAACUAUGACAGGAACUGAAGCAGACUCUUCGCAAUCGCACGGGCACGAAGCCUCAUCGAGUGUAACCGCAGAUGAUGCGUCGUCUAGCAAUGCUGCUACUCCAGCAGGCAGUGAGGGACAGGCCUCCAGACAGUCCAAUCUACAACGCAUACAGCAAAGAAAGCAACAAGUUUAUGGUUGGCCACACAACAAAAAAUUGCUCAAAUUAGCAAUCUACUCCGAAUGCCAGACUCCGGAAUGCAACUGCAAUGGUUGGAAGACUCCAGCUCCUCAGCCCACUGGGAAAGGCAAUCCUCGAGCAGACAACCAGCCUAUAGCUACAUUCAAUGAUCCUUGUCGGAACUGCAACCAUAUCUUAGAAAAGCAUGUUACUCAACUGCAAGGGUUACCAGUAGCAGAAGUGAACAGGCUGCUCGGAGCAGUGGUAGAUGUGGAGAACAUCUUCAUGUCCAUGCACAGAGAGGAUGACCAUGAUACUAAACGUGUUUAUUAUUAUUUAUUUAAGAUAUUACGCAAAUGUAUUCUUACCCGUUCACAUCCUCGAAUCGAGGGUCCACUAGGCCAGCCUCCAUUCGAGCGACCCUCCAUAGCCAAAGCGAUCACAAACUUUGUUCUAUACAAAUUCAACACUCUACCUCAGAGGGAAUGGCAGACCAUGUAUGACCUCGCCAAGAUGUUCCUACACUGUUUUAACCACUGGAACUUUGAGACGCCUAGUGUUAGGAAAUUGCAAGUGUCAAACCCGGAAGAUAUAUCGGCUUACCAAAUUAAUUAUACUAGAUGGUUAGUUUUCUGCCACGUUCCUGCAUUCUGUGACUCGUUGCCUCAUUACGACACGUCUCUAGUAUUCGGUCGGACAUUACUCCGGGCUGUGUUCAAAUCCGUCUGCCGGCAACUCAUGGACAAGUGCCAUUCUGAGAGGGACCGUAUGCCUCCUGAGAAGAGGGUAUUAGUGCUAACCCACUUUCCUCGAUUCCUGGCUUUGCUUGAAGAGGAGAUAUUCAGCUCCAACUCCCCGAUAUGGGACCCUGAGUUCAAGCAGAUCCCACCGAACCAUCUACAAGCCAUAUUUGAUAAUAAGAACACAGCGGGCAGAAGGGGGGGCGAGUUCGAACGCGUUACUGCAUCCGGAGACAGUAAGGAUGGCUUUACCACAGUCACUUUAUCAUCAGGUACAAUAAAAUCCGAGGGAGGAAAGCGUGCUAGUGACACGGUGGCCGCUAGCUCGGCCAAACGUCGGCGCAUCUUGGACGAGUCGGGCGACGACGUCAGCGAGAGGACCGUCGCCGAUAUUGUAGCCACCAUCACUGAUCCUAACUAUAUGUGUGGACCUGAUGCUCUAUUCCAAAUGCAAGCGCCUCGCGACGAAGCAGCCAAGUCGGAGGAGCAGCGCAAGAUGAUCGAGUUCCACGUGAUCGGGAACUCACUCACAGGACCCGUCAACAAACAGACCAUGUUAUGGCUCAUUGGUCUGCACAAUGUUUUCUCCCACCAACUACCAGAAAUGACCAAAGAAUAUAUCUCACAACUGGUUUUUGAUCCGAAACACAAAACCUUAGCACUUAUCAAAGAAGGCAGACCCAUUGGUGGGAUUUGCUUCAGAACAUUUAGCUCACAGGGUUUCAGCGAGAUAGUGUUCUGCGCGGUGACAUCUAACGAGCAAGUCAAAGGCUACGGCACACACCUGAUGAACCACCUCAAGGAUUACCACAUCAGGAACAAUAUCCUCCACUUCCUCACCUUUGCCGAUGAAUUCGCUAUCGGUUACUUCAAGAAACAGGGCUUCAGUAAGGAUAUAAAGUUGCCCCGCGCAAUGUACCAGGGCUACAUCAAGGACUACGAGGGCGCCACGCUCAUGCAUUGCGAACUGAACCCGCGGAUAGUAUACACGCAGUUCACCACUAUUAUACGGAGGCAGAAGGAGAUCGUCAAGAAGUUGAUCGACAUGCGGCAGAAAGAUGUUAGAAAAAUUCAUCCGGGAUUGACGUGUUUCAAGGAAGGCGUCCGCAGUAUCCCAGUGGAGUGUAUCCCGGGGCUGCGCGAGACAGGGUGGCGCGGGGCGGGCCGGCCUCACGGCGGGGACCACGAGCCCGAGCCCGACGCCGCCACGCUCAAGAACAUACUGCACGCGGUGAAGAACCACACAUCAGCUUGGCCAUUCUUGAAGCCAGUCGACAAGACCGAGGUUCCGGAUUAUUACGACCACAUCAAGUAUCCUAUGGAUCUCCGAACAAUGGUUGAUCGCCUGAAGGCACGGUACUACGUGUCGAAGCGACUGUUCAUAGCGGACAUGACCCGGAUAUUCACCAACUGCCGUCUCUAUAACUCGCCGGACACAGACUAUUACAGAUGCGCGAACACCUUAGAGAAAUAUUUCCACACCAAAAUGAAGGAGGCCGGCCUGUGGGACAAAUGAUCUCAGUUCAAUUUCGACGCGUACUUCGCGAUCGAGGUUAAUGUUUCGCGACCCAUCGACACUGAGGAUACCGUAUGAUUUAAAUAUUACACUAUUUAUUACCUUGUAAGUUGCAAGUUGUGGCUCAAAAUUCUCUUAAGUUUAUUUCAAUGCAAAAUAACCUAUCUCUUAGUAAAGUUUUAUAGUUUAUUUUGAUGUAAUAUUUUUCAUUCCAUAAGAUAGUUCACUAUUAAUAAUUUAAAUACGGCGUACGCAUGAUAAAUUCGAGAAAAGCUCGACUAGUUUCGAGUCACAUCGGGACUCUUAUUCAUGAGCAACGUGCCGUAUUUUAAGUAAUUUUUUACACAGUAAUAAUGUAAUUUUCAUCGUCUGUAGCCUAAUAGCCUAGAUCUGCAGAUCUUGAUAAAUUUAUGAGAUUUCAAUGAGUUUUAAGAUCUUUUUCCUAUUUUUCUUUUUAUUGUUUUGCCCAAAAAAAACCUAUUUAUACUAAUUCUGAGUGCAAAACAUAUGAUAUUAAUUUCUAUUUCCUUCGAUAGUUCAAUAAUGUGCUUUGCUCAAAACUCGUGACAAGUAAACAUGUCUUUUGUUGAAUG